CUUUCUUUUUCGAUCCAUUUCAUCUUUUCUGUUAUUUGUUUAUUAUACCCGUUUCCUUUACUUUGAGAUUAAGCUUCGAACUUCUACCAUUUUUUAAUCGGCAAAACCGCGUAUUCUUCAGUUUCGCUUUGUUCGUCAUUUAUUAUAGCCACCUUUGAAGAGGCCUUUUUUUGUUUGUAAUUCUUUGGGGGUUUUAUAUUGGAUUUCGCUUCUUUAUCCGCUUUUUGGGAUUGGUGAAUUCAGGCGCUUGUGUUUCUUUUGGGUUCUCGGAAUACUGUUUUCUGUACCUCCGUUCAAUAGCUUUGUUAUAGCUGCUUGUCGGUUUUCACAAGAGGGUUUUGGAAUUUUGAACUUUGAUGGCUGAGGAUAAUAUCGAUGAGCUUGUGAGUCCAGUAACUAGUGUGAAGAAUGACUCUGCGGCUGAGGAUAACAUCGAUGAACGUGUGAGUCCGGUAACUACUGUGAACAAUGACUCUGUGGCUGAGGAUAACACCGAUGACCUAGUGACUCCAGUAACUAGUGUGAAGUAUGACUCUGCUGAAAAUAAGCCAGAUAAAAUACGCACAAGAAAAUCAAGUUCUUUGAGUAAUGGACACAGGGUUCUUCCCUGCUAUCGCAAAUCCUCCUCUACUUCAUCUUAUGAUGGAGGCAAUACAAGAAGACAAUCCACUGGGAAGUUGGAUUCUCCUGACAGCGGGCAAGAUGUUCUUCCUCAUUAUAUGAGAGCUUCUACUGGUUCUUGCCAUGACUUCUGUAAAUAUGGCAGGAAACAUUCCUCUGAAGCAAAGCCAUGGCAUCCUCUAUCAAAAAGAAAGAACAAACUUCUUGCUGAUGAGCAGAGUCCUACACAGACAAUGGUGGGAGAGGCAAAGAAGGGGACUGCGGUCAAGCAAAAGCCUUCCACUACUACAGGAAGUAUAGUGGGAGAGAAAAAGAAGAUGACUGGAGCUGCGCAAAAGCCUUCCACCCCUCCAGGGAGUAUGCUGGGAGAGGCAAAGGAGGGGACAGUGGUCAAACAAAAUUUUUCCACUACUUCAGGGAGUACCCUGGGACAGGCGGCCAAAAGAACUUCAGUCAAGCAAAAGCCUUCCACUCCUCCAGGGUGUAUGCUGGAAGAGGGAAAGAAGGUGAGACUGGAGAGUAUAUUGGGAGAUGGAAAAAAUGUGGCUGUGGUUGAACAAAAGCUUUUUUCUCCUCCAGGGAGCAUGCUGGGAGGGGGAGAUGAAGUGACUGUGGUCAAUCAAGAGCCUUCUCCUCCUCCGGAGAGUGUGAUGGGAGAGGAAAAGAAGGUAACCAUGCUUGAGCAAAUUCCUUCAGCUUCUCCGGAGAGUAUGCUGGAAGAGGGAGAGAAGGUGACUCUGGUUGAGCAAAAGCUUUCUACUCCUCCAGGGGUUAUGUUGGAAGAGGGAAUGAAGGCGACUGCAGUAAAUCAAAAGCCUUCCGCUCCGCCAGGGAGUAUGCUUGGACAGGGAAAGAAGUUGAAUGUGGUGAAUCGAAGGACUUCUUCCAAGGUUCACUCUCUUGAACCCUCUGAAAUAAUAAAGAAAAAAGCACCGCUGCCACCAAAGAGUAUUCACUCUGUGAAACUGGAUUCGUCAAGUAACAAGACACCAAAGACAGAAAAGAAAAUGAAAUACAUUUUGGCAAAGCAUUCUCCUCUUGGGCAGAUAAAGCUUAAAAUGGUAAAAUCUUCAUCUAAGAUCUUAGGUGUAGAUGCAGGAGGCAGAAAAGAAGAUGAUAUCAAUUCUAGAAAACAAAUAAUUGUGUCCAAAGUAUCUGCAGAAAACUCUUUGAAGACCCCAACUGUUUCAUGUUCUCCAAAAUCUUCCUCUGUUAAACCUUUGAUCUUGAGAGCAAGAAACAAUAAAAGCUUAAAACUGCUGGCUCCCCUGAAGGACCAGAACAAGACGCGGAGAGAUGGAACCAACAAACUGAAUCCUGAAAAGGUUCCUGAGAAAACUUUGCAUGUUACCAAGGUGAAGGCAUCACUGAAGUCUUCAUCUCAGUCGCAAUCACGUUCGUUGUCUAAUGAAAAAGAUAAAAAGAAAGCUGUUGAGUCUGCAGACAGUGCAUCAGAUAAAUACAUCUCUAGCAGCAAAAAGCUGCUAAACAUAGCAGAAGCAGAAACUGUCGGGAAAAAUCAGAAAAAGAUAUUAAGAAAAGGCAAGGCAGGCGUUUCUAAUGAUUCCAAUCCUUCAGUGGUGAAACUGAAAUUCAGGAGGGGUAAGGUAGUUGAUCUCCAGCUAGAAACCAGCAGCCCUAGGAGGCUGAUAUUUAGAUGGGGACGACAUAUGGGGGAAAGCCAGGACAGCAAGGGUGAUAUAAGAAGGAGAAUCUUAAAAAAGAAAGGAGUUGAUGCUGACAAAAAUAGUACCAUCUUAAGCUCUGGAAAAAUUAUUUUGAGGCAUCAGGAUGUGCAGGAAAAAAAAGAUGUGCAGGGUUUGUUGAAUAAUGUGAUUGAAGAGACGGCGAGUAAGCUUGUUGAAACCAGGAAGAGCAAAGUUAAAGCUUUGGUGGGAGCUUUUGAGACGGUAAUUUCCCGCCAAGAUAAACCUUCUACAGUCACAGUUUCUUGAUUUCAACAAAAAUAGAAUUUUAUAACACAUAGGAGCAAUUGCAAAUAUAGUGGAUGACACAGUUUUUCUGACCUGGUUUGAGUGAAUUUCUCCGUUUCUUAUUCUGACUCUUCUUCUUAACGGUUUCUUGAUGGGUUGCCGGUUCUGUUCUCAUGAUUGAAUAAAUUCAGCUUCUUCUGGAUGCAUCUACUUUGAAUUGGGAGAUAAAAUCAUGCAACAUUAUAGUUUCUUUUUCGCUUAUGGAGGCUGAGAUAGUGGUGUUAAAUCUGUGGAUGUGUGGGUAUACUAUAUUUCAAUGUUGGGCUGGCUGCUCAUUGAACAUAUAUUGCUGUUGGACUUAUUUUACGUGGGAUUUGUUCAUACUUUCUGUCGAAUAAGUGUAUGAAGAAGACAGAGGCAUGUCAAAUUACUAUGCAAAGAGAGUUUUGGCUGUGGUACUGGUUUGGCAUUGUGCUUGUAUAUUGUUUGCUAUAGCCGUUCGUUUCUUGACUUCAAAUAUACUGUUGUUUUUUCAUCCUGCCA